GCAGUUCCUGUAACAACAAACAGUGAUCUUACGACCUGAUUCACUUGGUACCCAACCUCUUGCCACGCAAAAGCCUUUCGGCGGUCAAACCAUCCUCAUAACCUCUUUGUCUUGGGCCUUCAUUGUAUUCACCCCAGUCCGGUGCUUUCUGAUUGCCUUCGGGUAUUAUCCUCGUGCUAACGUUCUUUGAGUCAGGUCUACCCACCUCAUUCUCUUACGUCAUCUUCGUUGUGGAAAAUGGCCAACGGACUCGAUCCCCACUACCUGGCUGCCUUGAUGAAUUUCGCAACCGCACAGACUGGGUACCAAGUUGCACACGAUCCAGACGAAGAUUACCUUUGGCCGGAAGACACAAUUAUCUAUGAACCAAAACCCAAGAUUCGCACCUUUCCUAUCUUGGAUACUUUUGCGAGCAUAUCCGUCUCCCAGGAAAAAUCAGAGUCUAUCGCCAUAGCUCUACAGUUCCACCGACAGGAGCAAGCGGUUCAUCUCACAAUCGCGGGGAACGAUGCAGUUAGGGGGGACCUUGCCGAACACCUUAUGAAAAUUUGGGGAAAGUUGCAAGUCCUCUCCAGCGAGUAUGCACACCAAGAGGGCAGGAUCGGGGAAUGCGGGGCGAACGGGGCGAAUCCAAAUGAAACGGUACGUUCGACAACGGUAGAGAUAUUUCGCGCAAUACACGAGUUCUCUUUUCAAAAACUGGUGAAGCGAGCGAGGAAGUGGUGGCCAGAUCUACUCAUUCUCGUCCAGCAGUUGUACAAACGCCGCGGUGGUCAGUUACAAGGGAUUGACCUGAACCUCUUGCAUGCGGCCACUGGGUUCUACGAGGGAUUGCGCUUGCUUGGUAGGCUUCGCAAUAAAGAAGAAACUCCACUCACAGAGAUUGAGUGGGAAACAAUUUACAAGGAGAGCGCAUUGGCCUAUAGCAAGGCACGGCUUGUUCUUGCUGAUGGUAAUGGGUCCGGCUGUGAGAAUUUGGCGAACGAGUUCCAAGGUAUUCUUAUUCUGCUAUGGGUGGGAUUUCGUUAUUAGAGCCUUUGAGCUAACCCAGCUUCUGUUCUAGAUGUUCAUCCGGGUAGCCCUUUCCAGCUUAGGCGUGCACUAGAGAAACUUACAGCUUUAACCCGCCAUGCACAAUGGUUAAUCGCUUAUGCCAAAUCCCCCCAUUUACGGUCCUCCUUGCGAUACCAGUUGUCCGUCUCGGUUGUCCCGAACCAGACUCGCACAGUGAUCCUACCCACAUCGCAAGGGGAUUGGGAUUCUAUAUUGGAGGCUCUCGGUGUCGAGUACGAGCACGACCACGGAGAGAGUGAUUCGAGGCUGCUCUUUGAAAACUUUCACGAAACUAACCACUUAUGCCCGGUCCACUGCGAGUCUAAGGUCAUCCAGCACCUCGAGGCCAAGCACGGCAAUCAGUGGGACAUUGUCGCACCAGGUAGUUACAUUGCUGUCUCGAAACCCACAUGCGCUGCCUGUAAAAUCUGGAUAGAGGCCUUUAACAGGCUCGGGGGGCGACAGUUCCACAUCAGAGGCUCUGACGACGGGAAAUGGGUGUGGCCUUGGGGCAUGCCUACAUUAAAAGAGGACACACUAGAGGAGUCUCUUGUGAGAGAAUUUUCGAAACAGUAUCUUGAGAGCCAGCGAGUAGCCUCUCUCAAGAGGGAAAGGAGUAGGUGUCAACAGCUUGGUUACUGGAGUCCAAUGGGUGUAGCGAUUGAGAGAAUGAUAGACCCCGAACUACCGUUGACCGGUGAAGUUAUGCUUAAGUUGCUUAGUCAAUUAUAAGCUUGCCUUCUUAAAACCGUCUCUCCGAUGUUCUGCUGGCAGGGAAGGGUGAUCGUUCUGGAAACAAAAGUCACCAGGGGGGUGGCCCAGAUUGACCAUCUCUCGCCAGUUAGCUUGCAUCUGGUACCUCUGCUUCUAUAGGCGGAAUAUGCCCCUCGUCAUCAGUUACCUUAAAGCUCAUAUCUCGAAAACUAGGCUUAGGCAAUUCACAUUCGAAAAUCUUUCCUUGCACUUGCACCUUCUGUAUUGUGUAGUGUUGUUUCCUAUCUACUUUGUGCAAAUGUUUCGGUGGAACCUGGGGGUAAGAGCGUGUAAUUAAAAUUUGGGCUAGUUGGCGAUCCUCAUUAGGGCGCAUUGUGUGUACUAGCAGAGCCAGUCUCCGCGCUUGUUUUCUCAAUCGUGUGUAGUGGAAAACAAAAAGAGAGAAGGGCAACGAGGAGACUGCUCAAUACCGGAAUCAAAUCAAUAGUAGUAAUUUGCAC